AUGAAACAUGCAGGAAGUGAAAAUAUGGAAAGUAAAAUUAAUGUUCCAUUAGAAAAAAUGAAAUACCAUAGUCAGUUUGGUGAAUUAGACAGUAAUUUUUAUUCAUAUGAAGCAAUUCAAAGUAUAGCUGACUUUUUGCUGAAAAGAGUUAAAAGCAGACCAAAGAUUGGUAUUAUUUGCGGAUCAGGUUUAGGUCCUCUCGGUGACAUGCUUAAAGAAGCACAAUAUUUUCAUUACGAAGACAUUCCUCAUUUUCCUGUUUCGACAGUAAAAGGACAUGCUGGACGUUUAGUUUUUGGAAAAUUGGAUAGUAUUGAUGUUAUGUGUUUACAGGGAAGAUUUCAUUGUUAUGAAGGCUAUCCAUUGUGGAAAUGUGCUAUGCCUGUGAGAUUAAUGAAACUCAUUGGAAUAUCACAUUUAAUUGUCACAAAUGCAGCUGGAGGGCUCAAUUCAGAUUACAAAAUUGGAGAUGUCAUGAUUAUUAAAGAUCAUAUAAAUAUAAUGGGAUUUGCAGGCAACAGUGCUCUAAAUGGUCCAAAUGAUGAAAGGUUCGGGCCACGUUUUCCUGCAAUUAAUAAAGCCUAUGAUCCUAAGAUUAGAGCAUAUGCCAAAGAAAUAGCUGCAAAAUUGAAAAUUUCAAACACAGUACAUGAAGGUAUUUAUGCUUGUUUGGGAGGGCCAAAUUAUGAAACUAUUGCAGAAUGUAGAAUGCUGCGAAAAAAUGGAGUCGAUGCUGUUGGAAUGAGUACAAUUCCAGAAGUAAUAACUGCUAAGCAUUGUGGAAUGACAGUUUUUGCAUUUAGUUUAAUUACAAAUGUAUGUAUAUUAGACUACGAAGAUGAAGAAGAGGCAAAUCAUGAGGAAGUUGUUGAAAUAGCAAAACGAAAAGAAUCUGUUUUAAUUAGUUUCGUUUCUCACAUUAUUCAUACAAUUAAUGAUAAAUUUCUGGUUCGAUAA